AUGCCUGUCGGAACCGUCCCUGUUGUGGGUCGUGUGUAUACCGUGUUGUGUCCCAUAUGCAGCAACAGUGUCACCUUCGAUUGCCUUAGUAAGGCUGUAUACGGCAUUCAGUGUCAUGUUUGCCACGCUGUGAUUGAUCUACGCAAUCCGUCAGUGCCACUUCUUUCAAACGACCCAGGUGUAGUCGCGGAUAAAAGUGAAGGCGAAGUUUGUUUCUCACCCGAGGUGGAGGAGUCGGGUGGAUGCUCCGCCACGACACAGCUUUCCAUGCUGAUUGCGGGUGUUGCGGAGCAGCACCAAAAAGAAAUGCCAACAACCAUGAGCGGUGAAACAAGGCAGGCUUUUGUAGCGCGCCGCAUACAAGCCUUUUCUGAGAGAUUUUCGUUUCUCUACCCUUUGGUUCACGUAUUGGAGUACAUUGUCUUUGGAACUAAGCCGAUUGCGAGAAUAGGGAACGUGCAAAUUUUUCGUAAGCAGCUACCGUGCUGUCGACCCAUGAAUAUACCUGUUCCAAAAACAUCCGUCUCGUAUUCCGUCGUACUCAGCCUUUUUGCAUUUUUGUAUACUGCGCUUGUACUUUGCGUCCGAACACUUGACGACGAGUGGCUGUGGCACAUGCUCUGCUAUGAGAGUUUUGGUCUUGUACUAUGUGUGGCUAUGAUGUUGCGUUGCGUUUACACUGAUCCUGGUUUCGUGCGUCCUGCAUACCUAGAAAGUAGUGACAGCUGCACGGGUGCGCUGACUCUUAAAGACAUUGAGGCAAAACAACGUGAGAGCCAGUGGGAGUCAGUGGAAGGUCAGCCAGUGGAAAGAAAAUGGUGCUCGACGUGUGAAAUUUAUCGUCCCAUGAGGGCGGCACACUGCUAUCUUUGCGGCCUGUGUGUCGAAGAGCACGAUCACCACUGCUCUGUGAUUGGGGUUUGCGUGGGGCGUCGAAAUGUACGAUUUUUUCUGCUUUUUCUUAUUACUGCCGUUUUUGUGUCGUUGUUCCCUGGAGUGUGUCUGCUGUUGGAACUUUACCACACCGCAUUCUCCCUCUCCACGUUGCAGCUUGGAACCUGUUUUACCUUGGCGUUGGUGCUGUUAUUUUUGUUUGUCUCGGUGGCAUUCGUCUGCUUUUCCGUGGUGUAUGCUCUUGCGAUUGAGCAGACGACACGGGAACGCCUGCACGAUGUCUACGUGGGCAGAAAGAACCCGUUUCACCGUGGCGUACUGCAGAAUGUGUUAUGGCAUGUGUGUCAUAGUACCCCACCUUCUCUCUUUGAUGAUGACUUUGUGCGCUUGUGUGCCACGCGGGUGUAA